GAGGCUGAGGACGGGAUGCGCAGUUCACCAGCUGACAAGUGCAUAUCGGACAAAAGCGCAGCAGAGCGGGUGGCGAGCAUCCGCAUCCUUACCGAGUGAGUUUUUUUUCCCUCCCCCCUGUCCUAAACAUCCUGCACAGCUGCUUGGCGACAGGAAAUAUAGAACUGCGUUACCUCCUGAGGGGGGGACAGCUGCAUUGUUGGAACUAUUGGCUGAGCUUGAUUUCGCCUGGAGGACUACUGGGAAAGAUUUCGGAGCAGAAAGACACGUUUCUCACGGAGCUGGCAGCUGAAGCUCUCAGCCUCACCACAACCGAACGGAGCUGCACGACGUCCUGUGUAUGUAGCACAAAAGUCUGCCGCUCCGGAGACGCACGGAAUAGGUUUCGGCGUCAGAGCACACAAAGAGGUUUUCUGUGGAGCAGGCGAAAGAAAGACUCCGAGGAUAAUAAUCCUCUUUUUGCUUAAUUGCACGCGUAAAAAGGACCGCUUAGCACUCUGCCCACUGCUGCCUGUAAGUUUGGACUAAAGCGCACCGCUGGAAGUUUAUGUGCUGCUGCCUCGGACAGAGUCGCAGAAGCUUCUUGCAGGUGUAGCCGGUGGACGGCUGAGCGGACUGAAGAAGUGGCCGACAGAGGUUCAGAAGUGGGGAGGAGGGAUUUGGGAAGAAAUCAGUCACAGGACGAGAAUCACAGUAAAGAGUGAAUUAAUCCAGUGGUGAGGCUCUCAGGAGAGUGUUGGUGGUGUAGGGGAGGGAGUUGGAUACCCAGUAUGCAGGCAGCAUGGAAAGGGUGAGGGAGCAGCGGCCUUUCUGCUCGCUGUCCAAGAGCCAGAGAGACCGGGAGAGAGACUGCGAGAGAGAAAAGGAUCGGGAGCGUCGUUACACCGCCUCCUCUACUGACCGGGACGAGGGAGCCUGCCGUGUGCCCACUCAGAAAUCGUACAGCUCUAGUGAAACCCUUCAGGCCUUUGACCAUGAUCCCUCACGAAUGCUGUUUGGAGGCAGAACCAAGGAGAUGGUCCACAAGGAGACAGUGGAGUACACCAGGCCAGGGCAGACAUUUUCAUUGAGGCAACUCGGGAUUUGUGAGCCACCGGCUCGCAGAGGCUUGGCUUUCUGCCCUGAGACGGGCCUGUCCCACCCACUCAGCAGCUAUUCCAGAGGACCGGUCGCCACAGAAAACCAUGAACCUGUAUCACCGGAACGUACCAUGACUCUUUGGGGAACGGGGGCAAAAUCUGGUCAGAAUUCAUGCCUCUCCAGUCGCUCCAACUCAGCACUCACGCUCACUGACACGGAAAUGGACAAUAAAUCGGACACCGAGACGGGUGACCAUCUGUCUAGUCAGCAGGUCCCACCUCCUCUCCCACCGGCCCCGCCCCCACACAAGCAGCACCCGUCCAUCACAUCCCUGAGCCGCAGCUCACUGGCCAAUCAAAGGAGCCCGAGUCCCCCACCCACAGCCGGCCUGGCGGCUGACUUGCAGAGUACGGCGGAAUGCGUCCAGCUGCAGGACAGCUGGGUCCUGGGCAGCAAUGUGGCCCUGGAGAGCAGGCACUUUCUUUUUAAAACAGGCACAGGGACGACACCUUUCUUCGGCACAGCAGCCCCUGGUUACACAAUGGCAACAGGGACUGUUUACUCAACACCUGCGCGUCCCUUGCCUAGAAACAGCCUGUCCAGAGGGGCUUUCAAGUUCAAGAAGUCACCUAAACACUGCUCCUGGAAAUGCACCGCCCUGAUCGCUGUUGGCAUAGCUGUGGUGCUGUCUAUCAUUCUCUGCUACUGCAUAGCGAUGCACCUUUUCGGCCUCAAUUGGCAACUCCAAGAAUUGGACAACCAGCCAGCUUUUGAAAAUGGAGGAAUUGGGAAGAUCAGACCCACUCAGUCAAGUAUAGUGACAGUUUUGGCUGCUGAUGGAAGGAGUGGCGUACUUCAUCAGGAGAACAACUCCAUCGAUACCGGGCAGGUUGACAUUGGGAAAAAGGUGGCUCAGAGCAUCCCACCUGGGGUCUUCUGGCGUUCCCAACUAAGCAUGGAGCAACCACGCUUCCUCAAGUUCAACAUCUCGGUGCAGAAGAACGCACUGAUCGGAGUUUACGGGCGAAAGGGUCUUGCACCAUCUCACACUCAGUAUGACUUUGUAGAGCUACUGGACGGCAGCCGGCUUAUCGCCAAAGAGCAUCGGACUUCAAUCGAACAAGACACGAGGGUCCGGGUGGAUCACCCAGUAACUGUCCACCAAGCCGGAUUCAUUCAGUACCUGGACUCAGGGGUGUGGCACUUCGCGUUCUACAACGAUGGAAGAAGCGUGGAAGCCGUCUCCUACAACACCAUCAUCCAGGAAUCUGUGACAGAGUGCACACACAACUGCUACGGGAAUGGAGAGUGUGUGGCAGGAUCGUGUCACUGCUUCCCUGGAUUCAUAGGACCAUACUGUUCCAGAGCUGCCUGUCCUGUGCUGUGCAGCAGUAAUGGUCAGUACACCAGGGGGCGCUGUCAGUGCUAUAGUGGCUGGAAGGGCAACGAGUGCGAUGUUCCUGCCUCCCAAUGCAUUGAUCCUCAGUGCGGGGGACAUGGACUGUGUGUUGCUGGAAACUGUGUGUGCAACGCCGGCCACAAAGGAGUCAACUGUGAUCAAGUGGACUGUGUGGACCCGACGUGCUCCGGUCAUGGAGCCUGCCAUCACGGCGAGUGCCACUGUAACCCGGGCUGGGGAGGCAUCAGCUGUGAGAUUCUAAAGAGCACUUGUCCAGAGCAGUGCUCCAGUCAUGGCACCUUCAAUACGGACUCAGGAACCUGCAUCUGCGAGGCCAACUGGACCGGGGCGGACUGCUCUAUAGAGGUGUGUGUGGUGGACUGUGGUCCCCAUGGAUCUUGCAUCGGCAGUGUGUGUCACUGCGAAGAAGGCUGGACAGGACCAGAAUGUGAGCAGAGGGACUGUCACCCACGCUGCAUCGACCACGGAGUCUGCCGAGAGGGCAAGUGUGACUGCCACCAGGGCUGGACGGGGGAACACUGCACCAUCGCCCUGGAUUCCAGAGUAUCAGGAGCAGUCAAGAUAGGAUAUAAAGACGGCUGCCCUGGGCUGUGCAACAACAAUGGGAGGUGCGUCUUGGAUCAGAACGUCUGGCACUGCAUCUGCCAGUCAGGUUGGAGAGGGCUCGGUUGCGAUGUCGCGACCGAAACACUCUGCUCUGAUGGCAAGGAUAACGAAGGAGAUGGGCUUGUCGACUGCAUGGACCCAGACUGCUGCUUUCAAAUCGCCUGCCAGGGUCAAACUUACUGUCGUGGCUCAAAUGACCCCUCUGCAGUCGCUGGCCAAGGCCAGAGUGCAGCCACCCAGACUUCAUCAAAGAGCUUUUACGAACGCAUCAGUUUUUUGAUCGGCCCCAGUGGCAGUCACGUGAUACCUGGGGAUAACCCUUUCAACAGCAGCCUGGCAUCAGUCAUCCGGGGUCAGGUACUAACGGGAGACGGGACGCCUCUGAUUGGAGUCAACGUGUCUUUCCUGCACUACCCACAGUAUGGCUACACCGUCACACGGCAAGACGGCAUGUUUGACCUCUUGGUUAAUGGCGGUGCCUCUUUGACGCUGAGUUACGAGCGUGCUCCGUUUCCCACGUUGUAUCGCACUGUGUGGCUGCCCUGGAGCAUCUUCCACGUGAUGGACACUGUGGUGAUGAAGCGGGAAGAGAACGACAUCCCCAGCUGCUACCUGACAGGCCUGACCAGGCCUAACCCCCUCAUCCUGGCCACGCCCCUCUCCACUCUGUACAAGACCUCCCCAGAGGACAGUCCCAUCAUCCCCGAAACCCAGGUACUUCAUGAGCAAGUGGCCAUACCAGGCAGUGACCUCAACCUGGUCUACCUGAGCUCCAGGGCAGCUGGCUACAAGCCCAUCCUCAAGGUGCUCCUGACCCAGGAGCGUCUCCCCUUUGGCCUGAUGAAGGUCCACCUGAUGGUUGCCGUUAUGGGCCGUCAGUUCCAGAAGUCUUUCCCUGCCUUCCCUGACCUUUCCUACACCUUCAUCUGGGAUAAAACAGACGCCUACAAUCAGAAGGUCUUUGGCCUGGCAGAGGCUGUGGUGUCAGUGGGAUAUGAAUAUGAGUCCUGCCUUGAUGUGGUGCUCUGGGAGAAGAGGACAGCGGUGUUACAAGGCUAUGAACUGGAUGCCUCCAACAUGGGGGGUUGGAUGUUGGACAAACAGCACAUAUUGGACAUUCAGAAUGGCAUUCUUUACAAAGGUAGUGGGGAGAACCAGUUCAUCUCUCUCCAGCCCCCGGUGAUUUCCACUGUGAUGGGGAAUGGACGGCGCAGGAGCAUUUCGUGUCCCAGCUGUAACGGGCAAGCUCAGGGCAACAAGCUGUUGGCACCAGUGGCUCUGGCGUGGGGCAUUGAUGGAAGUCUCUUUGUGGGAGAUUUUAACUUCAUCCGCCGGAUCUACCCUUCUGGAAAUGUGACAAGUAUCAUGGAGCUGAGAAAUAAAGACUUUAGACACAGCAACAACCCAGCACAUCGGUAUUACCUGGCAACCGAUCCAGUUACCGGCCAGCUGUAUGUAUCAGACACGAACUCCCGGCGGCUCUUCCGACCAAAAAUUCUAAGUGGAACCAAGGACCUGCAGUCCAACGCAGAGGUGGUAGCAGGAACCGGUGAACACUGUCUGCCCUUUGAUGAGAACCACUGUGGUGAUGGAGGCAAAGCACCAGAGGCCUCGCUCAUAGGACCCAAAGGCAUCGCAGUGGACAAGAACGGGCUGAUUUAUUUUGUUGAUGGCACUACGAUCAGAAAGGUGGACCAGAACGGCAUCAUCUCCACUUUCCUCGGCUCCAACGACCUGACAUCGGCUCGUCCUCUGACCUGUGACAGCAGCAUGGACAUCAAUCAGGUGAUUUUGGAGUGGCCCACAGAUCUAGCAGUUAGCCCAAUGGACAACUCCCUGUAUGUACUGGACAACAACAUAGUGCUGCGCAUCACAGAGAACGGUCAAGUGAGCAUUGCAGUGGGUCGACCUGUCCACUGCCCAUUGGCUGGACUGGACCGUGGUGUGGCUGGUGGUCAAAGGGCACAUUUGACCCCACUAGAAUCUGCCAUUUCCAUUGCCAUUUCUUACCAUGGUGCCAUCUACAUAGCAGAAACAGAUGAGAGGAAGAUGAGCAGGAUCCGGAAGGUUUCUGUGGAUGGUGAGAUAACGCACUUGGCCGGGGCCAUCUCCGACUGCGACUGCAAGAAUGAUGCCAAUUGCGACUGUUACCAGACAGGGGAUGGCUAUGCCAAAGAUGCAAGGCUCAAUGCUCCAUCUUCUUUAGUGGCAGCUCCAGAUGGAACACUCUACGUGGCAGACCUAGGGAACAUCCGAAUCCGGGCCAUCUCUAGAAACGGGCCAACUUUGACUUCCAGUGCCAGUACAUAUGAGGUGGCUUCCCCUGAUGCUCAGGAGCUGUAUAUAUUUGACAGCAAUGGUACACACCAGCACACUGCGAGCUUGCUCACUGGAGACUUAAAAUAUACUUUCAGCUACAGCACUGAGAACGACAUCACGGCUGUCACUGACAGCAGCGGCAACACUCUAAGAAUCCGACGAGACCCUAAUCGCAUGCCAGUACGCGUUGUUGCUCCUGACAACCAGGUUAUCUGGCUGACUAUGGGCACCAACGGUGGUCUGAAAACGCUCACAGCGCAGGGUCAGGAGCUGGUGCUUCUCACUUACCAUGGUAAUAAUGGUCUGCUGGCUACAAAGACAUCAGAGAUUGGCUGGACAACUUUCUAUGACUAUGACAGUGAAGGCCGGCUAAUGAAUGUGACGUUCCCCACUGGAAUGGUGAAUAACUUGUACACGGACAUAUAUAGUGCUUUGACGGUGGAUAUUGAGAGCUCCUUGACAGAGGAGGAAAUCAGCAUUACAACGAAUACCUCAACCAUUCGUGCCUUCUACACUCUGGCUCAGGACCAGUGUAGAAGUAGCUAUCAAGUGGGCUUUGACAACUCGCUAAGGAUUACCUAUGCCAAUGGGAUGGACACCCACUACCAGACUGAGCCCCACAUCUUGACAGGAGCCGCCAACCCCACAGUUGCCCGGCGCAACAUGAGCUUACCGGGAGAAAGUGGGCAGAACUUGGUGGAGUGGCGUUUCCGCAAAGAACAAGCCAGGGGGAAGGUGAUUGUGUUUGGACGCAAGCUAAGGGUGAAUGGACGAAACAUUCUUUCUGUUGAUUAUGAUCGCACCCUGAGGACAGAGAAGAUUUAUGAUGACCACAGGAAGUUCCUUUUAAAGAUUAUAUAUGACACUGCAGGCCACCCAGUCCUCUGGGUGCCCAGCAGUAAGCUACUCCCAGUUAAUGUGAGCCGCACAAGCAGCGGGCAAAUCAGUGCCCUGCAGAGAGGUCCCACCACAGAGAGACUCGCGUACGAUAGCCAAGGCCGCCUGAUUUCCAGGGUGUUCGCUGAUGGAAAGAUAUGGAGCUACACCUAUCUUGAGCAGUCCAUGGUUCUCCUGCUCCACAGUCAGCGCCAGUAUAUAUUUGAGUUUGACACUCUGGACCGGCUUUCUGCUGUCACCAUGCCAAGCGUAGCCCGCUACACCAUGCAGACCAUCCGUUCAGUGGGUUACUAUAGAAACCUUUAUCAUCCCCCAGAGAGCAACGCCUCAGUAGCUAUGGACUUCAGCGAAGAUGGCCUCCUACUUAGAGUAGCUCACUUUGGCACAGGUCGUAGAGUCCUGUACAGAUACCGCCGGCAAAAUAAGCUGUCAGAGAUCCUUUAUGACAGCACAAGGGUCAGCUUCACCUAUGAUGAGACAGCAGGGGUGCUGAAGACAGUCAACCUACAGAAUGAGGGUUUCAUCUGCUCCAUUCGUUAUCGUCAAGUUGGUCCCCUGGUGGACCGGCAGAUUUUCCGCUUCAGUGAAGAUGGCAUGGUCAAUGCACGUUUUGAUUACACGUAUGACAGCAGCCUGCGUGUCACCAGCGUGCAAGGAGUUAUCAACGAGACACCACUACCCAUCGACCUAUAUCAGUUUGAUGACAUCUCAGGAAAGAUUGAGCAGUUUGGAAAGUUUGGUGUGAUCUAUUACGACAUAAAUCAGAUCAUAUCCACGGCAGUCAUGACAUACACAAAGCACUUUGAUGCACAUGGGCGCAUCAAGGAGAUUCAGUAUGAGAUAUUUCGUUCACUUAUGUACUGGAUCACCUUCCAGUAUGAUGAUGUGGGUAGGGUCAUCAAGAGAGAAAUCAAAAUUGGCCCCUUUGCCAACACCACCAGAUACAGCUACGAGUAUGAUGUAGAUGGCCAGCUCCAGACUGUGUACUUAAAUGACAAAGUUAUGUGGCGCUACACAUAUGACCUUAAUGGAAAUCUGCACUUGCUGAAUGCAGGAAACAGCGCCAGACUUCUGCCUCUGCGAUAUGACCUGAGAGACCGCAUCACUCGUCUUGGAGAUAUCCAGUAUAGAAUGGAUGAAGACGGCUUCCUGCGACAAAGGGGGGCUGAAAUCUUCGAGUACAACUCCAAAGGUCUCUUGGUGCGGGUCUACAGUAAGAGCAGUGGCUGGACCAUUCAGUAUCGCUAUGAUGGACUUGGUCGCAGGGUAUCCACCAAGACCAGCUUGGGCCAACACCUGCAGUACUUCUAUGCGGACCUGAGCUACCCAGCUAGGAUAACUCAUGUAUACAACCACUCCAGCUCAGAGAUCACCUCAUUCUACUAUGAUCUCCAAGGCCACCUGUUUGCCAUGGAAAUCAGCAGUGGAGAAGAGUUCUACAUAGCUUGUGAUAACACCGGCACACCUCUUGCUGUCUUCACCAGCAACGGCCUUCUGGUCAAACAGCUUCAGUACACUGCGUAUGGUGAGAUCUACUUCGACUCUAACCCAGAUUUCCAGCUUGUGCUCGGGUUUCAUGGAGGACUGUAUGACCCCCUCACCAAACUGCUGCACUUUGGGGAGCAGGAUUAUGACAUUAUGUCUGGCAGAUGGACUCUUCCAGAUAUCUCUGCUUGGAAAAAUGUUGGCAAAGAGCCAGCCCCUUUUAAUCUGUACAUGUUCAGAAAUAACAACCCCAUCAGCAAAGUCCAUGAAGUGAAAGACUAUGUCGCAGAUGUGAACAGCUGGCUUGUAACCUUUGGUUUUCACCUUCACAACACCAUUCCUGGGUUUCCAGUCCCAAAGUUUGACUUAAGCAUGCCAUCCUAUGAACUGAGGAAGAGUCAGCUCUGGGACGAUCUGCCGUCUAUCUCUGGGGUCCAGCAGGAAGUAACCAGACAAGCACAUUCCCUCUUGUCAUUUGAGCGACUGCCAGAGGUCCAUCUCAGUCGAGGUCGAAGAGGUGAAAAGUCUUGGCUGUGGUUCUCAGCUGCAAUGUCUCCCAUCGGAAGAGCUGUUAUGUUUGCCAUCUACAAAGGCAGUGUCCACACUCACACUCUCAACGUGGCAAGUGAAGACUGUAUCAAGGUUGCAACGAUUCUCAACAACGCCUUCUAUCUGGAAGACCUCCACUUCACUAUUGAAGGGAGGGACACACACUUCUUUGUUAAGCCAGGCCUUCCAGAUGCUGACCUUGCUGCACUGCACCUCACCAGUGGACACAAGACUCUUGAGAACGGUAUCAACGUGACGGUGUCACAGUCCACCACAGUCAUGGAUAGUCGGACUCGCCGUUUCGCAGAUGUGGAGAUUCGUGCCGGUGCUCUCGCUUUCCACAUCCGCUAUGGAUCCACAGUGGAUGAGGAGAAGGCACGGGUUGUUGAGCUUGCACGUCAGCGAGCCCUGGCAGGUGCCUGGGCCCGAGAGCAGCAACGAGUGCGAGAUGGCGAGGAAGGGGUUCGCCCCUGGACAGAAGGGGAGAAGAGGCAGCUACUGAGUAGUGGAAAAGUUUUGGGCUAUGAUGGGUACUAUGUGCUGUCCACUGAGCAGUAUCCAGAAUUAGCAGAUAGCUCUAAUAACAUCCACUUUCUUCGGCAAAGUGAAAUUGGGAAAAGGUAACAAUAUGAGGUGCAUUUUCUGCCAAAGAGACUCUGUUUUGGUGGAGAUAAAAAUGGAAAAAAUGAAAAGCAACUGUAUUCAGUAGUUGCUGAUAUGUACAUUGAGUGUUGUGUUUUUGUACAAAUAAAAAAGAAAGAAAGAAAGAAAAACUGUGUGUGGGGGAGGGGUCAAAAGCAGUGCUGUGCAUUGUGACUCAAAGACUUCAUAUUAAAUGUACAAUUACACUAUGCCUUAACAUGGCAAUUACAGGUCAGUUCCUCUGUAGCACAAGCCUUCUGGACUCUGGACUUCAACACAGAGGAACAAUGAUGUCUUUGAGGAAACGGUGAGAUUAUUUAGGUGUUUUAUGUUUUAUUUUUUUAUUUUUGUUCAUCAAGAAAAAUUUGGCUCAAUGAGUGUUGUGUGAACAGAGGGAAUGUUUACAUUAUGCAUAUCUGCACUUCUCUAGAAGUACCAGGCUCAUGGGUUCACAGUCCUAGAGUGAGUGUUUUUGAGCAAAUAUUUGUUUGUAAAAUCAGAGACUUCUGAUGUUUGAAAUAUCUUCACCAAACAACCACUAUGUAUACCAGAGUUAGCACUGUAAACAUCAAAACAUCUUAUUCUCUUUGAGAUGCUUUUAAAUGGGGGGAAAAAGAAGCUGUUUAAAUACCCAAUACUCAUUGUGGGGGCUGGGGAAAAAAAAACCAGGAAGGUAUGAAGAACUCUGAAGGACGAGAUGUGGAGCCGCACAGAUGUGUCUUGAUAUCACAGGGACACCAUGUUUUGUAAAUUAUCCAAGAGUUUUAUGCAUUUUUUGUCAUUUUCUUUUUUAUGAAACUGAAUAACUGUCUGUAUGAGUCAUUAACAGUAAUUUAUGUUGUGUUUAUACAUAAAUAAAGUCCAGCUGGUUUUAA